AGACAAAUGAGAAGACGCUGAAUUUAAACGCUUAAAAUGACAGGAUGACAGAUCACAUGGAUAAAGCGGAGGUGGUCAGGUCGACUUUACAGGCAAGUAAAAAUAACGAAGGGUCCAACCGAAUAUUCCUCGGAACUCACACUUCACUGCUCCAGCGAAGCAAAAUCCACUGCACUCUGCAACCCCAUUUACUCUUCCUCAUAAUUCAAAGCUUUGGCAUUAUCUGCUAAUUCCCUAGAAAAACAAAUAAGAUUUUAUUUCUAGUUGGAUUUCCGCCUGCUACAUUUUUCUCAGCAGGCUAAAAUCUAAAUUUCAUCAUUCCGCGUACUUAUCUUUCUCUUCACUCUUGCUCGGCCUUUACUUCCUUUACACUCUGUGUCGAGGCCCGGCGGUGCAGGUUCGAUUCCCUUAAAGAGACUUUUUCCAUGUGACCUUCAAGCAUUUGAGCGUAAAUCUGAAGGACAAAAUUCGCGGUUGGUUCUAUGGCGUCGUCGUCGAGGGCUAGGAGUAGUUCGCCUUUCGGCUUCAGAAAGGCUUCACCAAUUAACGGGAGAAUAAUGAUUCCACGGUAUCCUCCACCUACUUUAAGUUCCUCCUCGAAUUCGUAUGGAUCCGUUACAAGAUCUGUGACGCCGGGUAGAGCACGCAGCGACUCUGCGGCUUCCAGUAAUUUCAGAUUUUGUUCCGAUUCUCCUCCGGAAUUCGUGUCUCCAGAAACUCCGACUUCGGAUAAUAGUAAUAAUAAUAAUAUGGAUUUUAAGAGGUCCAGAGAAAAUAUCUGUGUUACUGUUCGAUUUAGGCCUCUCAGUGCAAGGGAAUUUCAGAGAGGCGAUGAGGUUGCAUGGUAUGCUGAUGGGGACACAUUGGUCAGAAAUGAAUACAAUAUAUCUACAGCUUAUGCUUUUGAUAAAGUUUUUGGACCUGCUACAACAACUAAAGGAGUGUAUGAUGUAGCUGCCCGACAUGUUGUUAGGGCUGCCAUGGAAGGUGUAAAUGGGACUGUUUUUGCCUAUGGUGUUACUAGCAGUGGAAAAACACACACUAUGCAUGGUGAUCAAAAAUCUCCUGGCAUCAUACCAUUGGCAAUCAAGGAUGUUUUCAGCUUUAUUCAAGAUACACCAGGUCAACAGUUUCUUCUUCGCGUUUCCUAUCUUGAAAUCUAUAAUGAGGUUAUCAAUGACUUGCUGGAUCCAACAGGACAGAAUUUGAGGGUGAGAGAGGAUGCUCAGGGAACUUAUGUUGAGGGCAUAAAAGAGGAACUUGUACUGUCUCCUGCCCAUGCACUGUCAUUCAUUGCAUCAGGAGAAGAGCACCGCCAUGUGGGAUCAAACAAUUUCAACCUGUUUAGCAGUCGGAGCCACACAAUUUUUACUCUGACAGUUGAAAGCAGUGCGCAUGGUAGUGGUUAUGAUGAAGUCACAUUAUCUCAACUUAAUUUAAUUGAUUUAGCAGGAUCUGAAAGCUCAAAGACAGAGACAACUGGUCUGAGGAGGAAGGAAGGUUCUUACAUCAAUAAAAGUCUGCUAACUCUUGGAACGGUAAUUGGAAAACUGAGUGAAGGAAAGGCUUCACAUGUACCUUACCGUGAUUCUAAACUAACUCGACUUUUGCAGUCUUCAUUGAGUGGGCAUGGGCAUGUAUCGCUUAUAUGUACAAUCACACCAGCAUCCAGUAAUAUGGAGGAGACCCACAACACCUUAAAGUUUGCACAGAGAGCCAAACGAGUUGAAAUUCGUGCUGCACCAAAUAAGAUCAUUGAUGAAAAGUCAUUGAUAAAAAAGUACCAAAAGGAAAUUUCGAGUCUGAAGAAUGAACUUGAUCAAUUAAGGAGGGGUAUUAUUGUGACAACUAGCCAGGAGGAGCUUAUGACAUUAAGGCAACAGCUUGAAGCUGGUCAAGUCAAAAUGCAGUCAAGGCUAGAAGAAGAGGAGCAAGCUAAGGCAGCACUUAUGAGUAGAAUCCAGAGACUGACCAAGCUGAUCUUAGUAUCUACAAAGAAUGCAAUUCCUACAAAUCUUUCAGACAUCCCUGGUCAUCAGCGCAGGCAUUCUUUUGGUGAAGAUGAUAAGCUAGAUCCACUACUGGAAAGUUCAGCAGCAUGUCCUGAGAAUGAGACCUCUUCAAAUGGAUCUGCUGCUUCUGCUAAUUCAACAAUUCCAUUGGACCUGGCAACUGAAAUAAAAUCUGGGAGUCGAAAGUCAUUAAACAAAAGAGGCGAUGAACAGUUUCCCUCAAUUGACACAUUUGCAGACUCCACACAAGCUGGUGAUCUUUUCAGUGGGACUGUACGCGGACGAAAGCCUCCUCCUACUGGUACAACCAUGGUGGAUCAAAUGGAUCUUCUCACAGAGCAAGUAAAGAUGCUGGCUGGUGAGGUUGCUUUUGGUACAAGUUCACUCAAACGUCUCUCUGAACAAGCUGCAAACAAUCCAGAGGACAACAAACUUCAAGCACAAAUGCAAAAAUUGGAAAACGAGAUUGAAGAAAAGAAACUACAAAUGAAAAUAUUGGAGCAGCGAAUAACGGGAAGCAGCAUAGCAGCAGCAAAUAAUGCAUCACCAAUGGAAAUGCAACAAACAAUAGCAAAGUUAAUGAGCCAGUACAACGAAAAAGCAUUUGAGUUAGAGAUAAAGUCUGCUGACAACCGUAUACUCCAGGAACAGCUGCAAGUGAAGGAGUCUGAAAACAAGGCCCUGCAAGAGGCUAAUCUUUUACUGCGCCAACAAUCCACAUCAGCUGCAAAGAAGUCAAGCCAGAGUGAUAAUGGAUUUAUUGACGAGUCAACAGACAGGUAUACUAGUGGAGAAAUGGCUACAGACAAGAACAGGAAGACAGAAAAUGAUGAAGAGCUGCAGGGGCAGAUUCUCCUUCAGGCAGCAGAAAUUGAUAAAUUGAUGCAAGAGAAUGUUAGGUUAAAUGAAGAAAAUGGUGGCCUGCAAAUUCAAAGUCAGAAAUUGGCUGAAGAAUCAUCAUAUGCAAAAGAGCUGGCCUCAGCUGCAGCAGUUGAGCUUAAGAAUUUGGCAGAGGAAGUUACCAAGCUUUCUUUCCAAAAUGCAAAAUUGUCAAAAGAACUGGUGACAGCCCAAGAAACACUAUCUGUUAGGGGCUCAGUAAAACAGGGUCUUAGCAAUGGUCAGCGUAAGGGUUCUGAUGCCAGGAUUAGGAAAGCACGUUUUGGAAAUAGAACAUAUGAGGCUGGCCAUGGGGCCUAUGAUGAUGUAGAUUCAUGGAGUCUUGAUCUAGAGGGUAUGAAGAGAGAGUUACAUGCAAGAAAAGAGAGGGAAGCUGCUCUUGAGGCUGCUUUAGCUGAAAAAGAUCUCAUUGAAACAGAGUAUCAGAAGAAGGUUGAUGAAGCAAAGAGGAGAGAGACAGAUUUGGAGAAUGACUUAGCUGGCAUGUGGGUUCUUGUUGCGAAAUUGAAGAAGGAGGUAGUAAGAAAUGCUGAGACUAGAAUUGUCGAUGAUAUUGAUCAUGGUAGAAACAGUAUUGGUAACGCAGAUGGCUUAAAAGUUCAAGAAGAUGAUAUUAAAGUGGAUGAGCAGAAAGACACAGAUACGUUAGAAUGUUUAAAGGCUUCUCUUGAAGCUGAAAAGAAACGAGGCGUGGAAAUGACAUCACUAAUUGCUCAGCUGAAGAGUGAGGACCUGGACGGGCUAGAACUUUCCGCUUUAGAAAAUCUUCAAAGUCUUCAUGUUGAGGCAUUGACCAAGCUUUGUGAAGCUAAGGCUCGGAUGCAGGAGAAGCUAGAGAAGGGAAAAGAGCGUGAGUCAAGUGGUUGCAAUGGUACAAAUGAUGAGGAAAGUAAUGCACAUGUUUGUAAAGUUUGUUUUGAAGCUGCAGCAGAAGCUGUUCUCAUUCCUUGCCGACAUUUCUGCUUAUGUAAGACUUGUGCAGUAGCUUGUACAGAGUGCCCUCUAUGCAGAACUAAGAUUACAGACAGAAUAAUUACGUUUACCUCCUAGUUAUAAAGAGACAGCACAAAAGCUCAGGUGUUUGGAAAGCUCACAAACGAAUGCAGGAGAGAUUUCUUUCCCUCAUAAUUUUCUUCGCUUGGAUCAUACUUGUAACUACAUACCAUUACUAGUGUAAUUCUUUCAUAAGUUGUACGUAUAUUUGUAUCCACCUCCAAAGGUGCAUCGAAAAUGGGCGAUUUUAUUUGUUGGAUCUUACUAUGGGCUUCUUGCCAAUCAUGCUAUCUAAACAGUGUAAAGGCAUUUCAGUUUCCUUCACGAAGAAGUGAAGGAAUAUUAAAUAAAAGAGGUGCAGUAUGCUGGCAUUGAUAACAAGAGUAAUAGGACGAUUUUGGAGAUUGAACAUUCUUAAUUUGUAAAAAAAUAAAUAUUGAAUAUACGAAGUACUUAUACAGUAAAAGCAAUUGGAGGUGGAAGCCAGGAUUGGGGCAUGCUGCUUUUGGAUUGGACGGUUAUGAUACUGCUAUAUAUAUUCCAUGUCAUGUAAUAUAAAGUUUAAACAAUGCAAUGCUUGUUAGUAAUAUAAUGUGCAUAUAACAAUUGUAUUCUCUAUCAUAAGUUUUAUCCACAAUGCCCUGGAUUUUCAAAACUCAUGAAUUUUCACUUGGCAAAAGUUGUGAUUACUCAGUGACACUGAGCAAAGACUUGGCAUACGAAAUAUAUAAUUUUUUCAAUCAGUAGGUUGAAA